AGUAUAAUUUUCUCUUAAUGUUUUUUUUUUCACUGUUUACAGAUACGCCAGCCCUUGGAGGAGUUACCGUCUCAACUUUAUCCUGUAAACCCGCUUGCAGUAACUGUUACCAUGGUCGCUGUCAUUUUAACAAUGACAUCUGUUUAUGUGAUGCUGGGUUCUUUGGACUUGACUGUAACCAGAAAUGUCAGAAGCUGACCUAUGGCCCAGGCUGUAUCUAUGGCUGUGACCAGUGUGUCCAUAGCGACACCUGUGACCCAGUCUCUGGUCAAUGUCAUUGUUUACCAGGUUACCAGGGGUUUUUCUGUCAGCAGCCAUGCCCCACAGGUACCUAUGGCAACGGAUGUAAACAGAACUGCAGUUGUCAGAAUGGUGGAGAAUGUAACAAUGUCAAUGGAACCUGUCUGUGUCCCACGGGAUUCAUGGGAUCUGACUGUGCUCAGAGGUGUCCCAAGGGAAGAUAUGGCCCGGGCUGUACCCUGAACUGUACGUGUGGCCCCCUGUCGGAGGGCUGUGAUGUCAACACAGGAAAGUGUAUCUGUCAGCCCAGGUUUACUGGAGAUGAAUGUAAGAAGUCCUGUCCGAGCCUGUCGUUCGGCGCCGGCUGUGAGAGUGUGUGUCGUGAUGUGUGUGACGUCAGGGGAAUGCUGACCUGUAGUCCUGUAGAUGGCGCUUGUCAGUGUCGCCCAGGAUACACGGGACAAAAGUGUGACCAACAUUGUCCCAGUGGGAUGUGGGGUGUGUCCUGUGCUCAGAGGUGCUUAUGUGGUUCCCAUGGUAACUGUGACAGGGAGACAGGUGUGUGUGACUGUGACCCGGGAUACAACGGGACGUAUUGUAAUCAGGGUACGUAAAGUCAGUCUAAUGAU